CUGGCAGCGCUGGAUGGGAAAGGCGAGGAGGGAAAGGCUGGCGAACAACGCGGAUGCAGAUGCCGGCGGCGUGGCUUGGAGCGGCGACGGCGGCGAUGGCGGACGCGUCGCGGCGUAGGGGAGCGCAUGCUGCGGCGAGUGGCACGGGCCGAGUGGCGGAGGGCCGGCGGUGGUGGAAGUGGCGAUAUACUUGACUCGAUAGGAGCCAUGGCAGCAUCCAAAUCGGAGACGAACCAGGUGUUGCUGAACGAGAUGGCGAAGCAGAUCAAGGACUUGGAGAGCACCAUUGCGAAGCAGGCGAGCACCAUUGCGAAGCAGGCGACGGAGGCUGCGGACACCAUUCGCGAGCUGAAGAGUACCAUUCGCGAGCUGAGGAUGCAACUUGCUAGCGCGGGCAUCAUGCCCAUGACGAUGGCCACCAACGACACCAGCAGCUCGCGGAAGCAGACGACCUCGGAGGGCAGCAGCACGAGCUCUGAAGGGAGUAGUGCGAUCCCUAUGUCCGAGAGCUCGUCUGUCCUCGACGGCGCAGGCUAUGCUGAGGUUCUCGCCAACUUUGAUCUGGCGCUUGCGGCUCCAGCAGCCGAUGGGAUGGCGGCAGGCGGAAGCCGUGCAAGCAUCCACGCCGGCCAUCGCUGGCACCACGAACACACGAGCUCGCCGCCCAAGCCUGGAUCACUUCCGCGGGUGGCUGUCGGUCCAGCCUCGGCAUCGCCACCGCCCAAGCCGGCGUCGGCGCCGCGAUCGUCCGCCGAGCUAAUCGCUCCUCCGCGCGACGGAUCAGCCGAAGUUGAGCAGGACUGGAACGAGAGCGCGGUUGACGCCUUUCUUGCGCUUCACCCGCCGGUUGGGUCGAAUGCUGAUGGCUCUGAUGCCCACGAUACGAACAAGCCCACCAGCCAGGGUCUCGACGUUUCGCCAGUCCUGCUCUCGCCGCUCGCAGCCCACAGCAACGGCGGUGGGAGUCCGCUAGCGAUGCUGCUGGCUGGACUUGCGGUUGUCGCGCUCCUCUACCUUCUGGUCGUGGACGACUUUUGGAACUUGGUCGCGACCAACUCGACGUCAGGCACCCGGGCGCUGCACUGGGUUCUCGCUGUCGGCAAGAUCCUCGCCUGGCUGCUUCUGUGGGCCGAUGUUGGCCUUGCUGUCUCGUCCGGCUCGCUUGUGGGCCCGCAGCUUGUGCUGGAGGUACUGGGUCUGGUAGGCGUGGCGUUUGACGUGGCGUACGUGGUGACCGGUGGAACGAAUGUGCUCGAGCUGAUGGCUGAGGCGAGCACGUCACGAGCAGGCGUAGCAGCGCGCCGCGCCGCUAUGGCCCACCGCAUCGUUAUGGCACCGCUCCUCGCCCGCGCUGUCCGUGCCAUCUUUGCCGUCCACCUGGGCCACGCGGUCGCACUGCCGCACGUAAGCAGCGUGCCGCUUUGGAAAGCGCUGCGGCGGAUGACUGCAGUGUGGAGCGCCGCAGGCGUCGGCCUCUACAUCCUGGCGCUUGCCUGUCUCGGCUUUGUGCCUUCAUCGGCCAACGAAAUUGCACCCAAUGCGGCGAGCGGGCUGGCGUCGGCGCUGGCGACGCUCAAAGCAACCGCGUCCGCGGGGGAGCUCUCGGACGCGACUCUGGUGGUGGUGAGCGAAGCGUUGGCGCUGCUCGACUCGCCACUCGCUGUUCUCAGCCUCACCAUCGACGGAACGGAGUGGGUUGGCGUCGCGAGUGCAGCUGACGAUCUGUUUGACAUCCUCACCGACGUGGUGACUUCAAGCUCAGCUGCAGUUGGAGCGCUUGUCCGGCCCGUGGUGACUGUCCAGCUUGCGCUGGACGUCUCGCACUAUGUGCGGUCGGAAGCCGGGCUCGCUUUGGCGCUGCUUGGUGGCCUUCUUGUGGUGCUGGCGAUCGGCGCGCGACUUGUUCGGGCGACCACCCGCGAGCUUGGGCUGGCUGUUGUGGAACAGACGGUGACGUCGCUGACCGAUGAGCUUGCGGCGCAGUGUGUGGCAUCUCAGAACGCAGCGGGAGUGGCACAGGCGGCGCAAAGUGAUGCCCAGGCCGUCGAGAUCCUUGCUCGAGGAGCAAGCAAGCGGCAGGACCACUUUGCUGGGCUCCGUCGUGAGCUUCCGCAAUUUGCGAGAGCAUAUGAAGUACUGGAGACUAUGCUGGCGCGAAUGGACGUACUAGCGGAGCACUCAGUCAAGCUGCGGUCGUUUGUGCGUGUGGUGCUGGUUGACCGCAAGCGGCUGGAGAUGGAGACCUCGCUUUGGCGUGCCGAGUUUGGCCGGUUCCCGCUGCCGCGGGCGUUUGGCCCGCUGCUAGCCGAGCUUGAGCAUGCCGGGUCUGCGGCAGCGCUGGGCGAGCAAGAUGCACACGAUGACCUUGUGGCGCGGAUCUUUGACGUUGGCAUUGUGCUGCAGCUCCGCGAGCAAGAGUCUGCGGUCUCGAUCCUGCAGCACUUGCUACUCCAGUUUUGCACCGGCCCCGUGUCACUGAUGGUGAGCGCGCCCGACGCGAGCGCUGAUGUUGUGGCGCUCAGCGCCGCCAAGCGCCGCGGGUUCCGGAUCCGCAUUGUGAAUCUCAUCCACACCUGGGCCGAGACGAUGACUGAGGACUUUGGUGAAAGCGCGAUCCUUGCGCUCGUCUCCGAUCUCAUCCGCCACGUGCUGCCGAUCACAGACCUUGACUACCACGGCGCGGUGCUCGAGGCGGCAGUGGCCGACUCGCUCGCGCGGUGGCAGCAACUGCGUGCCAAUCAGCUCCCAUGGCCGCUGCCAACUGCCGUGCCACUGGAUGCUGCGGCGACGGCGGAGCAGCUGCGGGACCUUGUUGCGCUUGCUGUGAUGCAGACACCGCUGGUGGCAGUUUCGCGCGGACAAGCGCCGCGGACACUGGUUCGGGUCCUCGACGCAAUCCGCCGAUGGGCGACGCGGCUGCUGGGCGCGGGCGCCUCGAGUGAGCGCAUCGAAGCGCUGGCCGGCCUGGUGGCGACCGCGCAGGCGAGCCUCGAUCAUGGUGACUUUACCGUGGUCGAGCUUCUUCUCGAGGUGCUCACCUCGCCGGCUGCAACUCAGCUGCGAAGCGAGUGGCAGGCACUCGCGCCGAGUGUGGCGGAGCGGCUGGCGGCGGUCUCGCGGCGGGCAAGCGAGGCCGAGAUGGAACGUAACAAGCUGUGGCAGGACCACGAUGCCCACGUCUUGUCGUCGCCUCUUGUAGAAGCUCUCGAUCGAAUCUCCUCGCUCCGGACUCAUGCCUCGCCUGAAUCGCGUGCCUGGAUCCUUGACUACGGUCGCGCUGCACUCGACGCCGCCAUGCACUGCGCCUACGGCCCGUGCACUGGUGCUAGUCCGUACCCGCAAGCCCCGCUUCCACCGUCGGCCUUCCCGCCGCCGCCGGCCUUCAUGCCCUUUGCCCCCGCCAUGGGCUGCUGCCCGCUCCCGCCGCAGGCUCCUGCUGCUGCUGCUCCUGCUGCUGGCGGUGGUGAUUGCCCAUGCCCGCCGUUCCCGCCGCAGGCCUUUGCUCCCGCCCAUCAGGCGCAGGCUGGGCCUAUGCCAAGCUUUGCCCCGAUGGGCAUGUUUGCGGCGCCGGGCUACGGCUCGGGCUACGGUCACUCGGGCUACGGCCACUCUAGCUACGGCAUGGCCUCGCCGGCGCGCGGGCUGCGCGUGAACGGCUUUGCCAAGGAGCUGACGCCGGUGCCUGGUGAGGGCCGGGCGCGGUGGGCAACGACGACGGCGCCGGUCAACAUUGCGGUGAUCAAGUACUGGGGCAAGCGCGACGUGGGGCUCAUGCUCCCGCUCAACUCGUCGCUCUCGGGAACGCUGAACCAGGACGACAUGGCGUCCAAGACCUCGGUUCUCGCCUCGCUUGAUCUUGCCGAGGACGAGCUCUGGCUCAACGGGGUCAAGGAGGACAUUGCCGGCAACAAGCGGGUGCAGACGGUGAUCCAGCUUGCGCGCGAGCAUGCGUCGGACGUGUACGACAACGCAGGGCGGGUGGUGAUCAAGGCUGCCGACUGGCCCAAGUACAAGCUGCUCAUUGUGUCGGAGAACAACUUCCCUACGGCGGCCGGGCUUGCAUCGUCGGCGUCGGGCUACGCGUGCCUCACGUACGCGCUCGCCCAGGUGCUCAACGUGGAGACGGAGCUCUCGGCCAUUGCGCGCCGCGGCUCGGGCUCGGCGUCGCGGUCGAUGUACGGCGGAUGGGUCAAGUGGGUGGAGGGCGAGCGGGCUGACGGGACCGACUCGAUUGCGGUCCAGGUCGCGCCGCACACGCACUGGCCGUCGAUGCGGGUCCUUGUCCUCGUCGCCAACGACCAGAAGAAGCACGUGUCGUCGUCCAAGGGCAUGCAGCUGACGGCGGCGACGUCGCCGCUCAUUCCGGACCGCCUCGCCAUGCUGCCCGGCCGCAUGGCCGCCAUGGAGAAGGCCAUCCUCGAGCGCGACUACGCCACUUUUGCCGACCUCACCAUGAAGGACUCGGACAACUUCCACGCCACCUGUGCCACCACCGAGCCGCCGAUCCACUACAUGACCGACGUCUCGCGUGACGUGGUCAAGGUUGUCAACGCGUACAACACGGCCGUCGGCUCGCUCGCCGCCGCGUACACCUUUGACGCCGGCCCCAAUGCUGUCAUCUACCUCGAGGACGACCAUGUCCUCCCCUUCCUCUCGGCCGUCCUCCACUACUUCCCCGCGCCGGACUCGAUGACGAACGCCGAGUACCUCCCGCACGCUGAGGCCUUUGACUUUGCCGCCGCCAACCCACCGCCGGCCGAGCUGAUUGCCGCCGUCGACGACGUCACCCCGGCCGCCGGCCGCCUCAAGUACCUGCUGUACACCUCGGUCGGCGACGGCCCGCGCGUUCUCGACGACUCGGAGUGCCUCAUCGACGUCGAGGCCGGCCGGCCCAAGUUUGAGACCGAGUAAGUACCGAUUGCUGCUCCCGCUCUCAGCUGCCUGCUC